AUGGCUUGGAAGAAGAUAUUCUCGAGGGUCUUCUGCCGUCAUCCUUGGGAGUCGGUCGUCUUCUCCGGCUGGUCGUCAUCCUCGGCUGAGUUCUCGCUCGUGAGCGCUCGGCCGAGGGAUCCCAGAGGCCUGGAUAUCAGAGAAUCCCGGUUGGAAGCGCAGCGCUGCCCUUCGGUGAACGUCCCCAAAGCCCGCAGAACUUUCUGCAAAAAGUGUGGCAAACACCAGCCUCACAAAGUGAAGCAGUACAAGAAAGGCAAGGAUUCCCUGUAUACGCAGGGGAAAAGGCGAUACGAUGGGAAGCAGAGUGGCUAUGAUGGUCAAACAAAACCAAUUUUCUGGAAAAAGGCAAAGACCACAAAAAAGAUUGUACUGAGGCUUGAAUGUGUGGAACCCAACUGCAGGUCUAAGAGGAUGCUUGCCAUUAAGAGGUGUAAGCAUUUUGAAUUGGGAGGAGAUAAGAAGAGAAAGGGCCAAGUGAUCCAGUUCUGA